AUGAGCUCAUCUCCUUCAUCAUCGACCUCGUCAAUUUUUAAAAUACUUUCACCAGGCGAUAUGAGGGAGAUACCAAGCUCAGUUAGUGAAAAUACUUUACAUUUAGAUGUGAAUUCGAAUAAAAUUAUAUCUUUUCCUGAUAGAUUGCAUUCAUUGAUAUCAUUAAACAUCAGCAGCAACCCUAUCACAGUUUCAACAUUAGGCGAACUUCAAAAUUUACGAUCAUUAUCACUUGAUUUUUGCGAUAUAAAGAAAUUUAAAGGCUUUCCAUCAUUUCCUCAACUCUCAUACUUAUCACUAGUAGGCAAUCAAAUUACAAAUCUGAAAGAUUUCCCACUUUAUCCAAAUUUGACUUCAAUAGAUUUUCGUGGAAAUCCGUUGAAGUAUGAUGAAUAUCUAUUGAUUGCUGCAAUCGCAUCUCACAAUCUAUCUACUAUUAAUAACGUCAAAAUACAAGAAAAAACAUUUAGAAAAGCUUUUGCAAUUUCUCAAUUAAUUGGAUAUUCGAUUCGAAACGGAAAUAAGCUUAUUCAUGAUGACGAUGACUUGGACUCUGCUCUAGACUUUCUUUCAGGUGAACAACCUUUAAAAAUAAUUGAUUCUGCUCAAACAAAAAGUUUAGUUCCGAAUAGAGAAGCAAAUACGUUCAAAUGGUAUUAUUUAGAAAACAAUUCAUGGAUAGAUUUAGAUUGUCCAACAAGAACGCUCCCAAUCACUCCUUUUCUUUCAUUAAAAUUAAUUAAAUGCGAUUUUGAUGGAUUUACAAGUUAUACAGCAAACCCAGUUGGUUGGGAUGGUGAAACUCCUGUUGCUUUUCAUAAUGUAACAGCAGAAAUUAUUGGAGACGUAAUACCAGGAAAUAUUAUUACAACAAACGUAAAUCAGGCCAAAAUUACAUGGAAAAUUGAUGAUAAUGAAAUAUCACACGAUUCAAUUUGCAAGAUUCCAUUGGAAACUGAAGGAAAAAUUUUAAUAUGUUAUGCAAGUCCAAUUUCUGAUGCUUUUCCAUCUGUGGAGUUUAGUUCUGUUGCUUCUAGUGUCACAAUACAGCAGAAUGAAAUCGAAAUUCUUGAGUUUUCUGUUCCAGAUAAUCCUGAAAUCAACACAGAGUAUAAAAUCAAUCUUCAGACGUUUCCACCCGAUCAAAAGCUCAAGGUUACCAUAGAAAUAUCAGAUGAUGUUUUGAAUGAUUUCGUAGAGUCCGCACAAAUUGAAUAUCCAUACAAUUUUUCAAUACCAGAAAAUUUUGGCGGAAAAUUCAUCAGAGCUAAGGUAAAUAUCGAUGGACAAGAACUAUUUUCGUACUCCAAAGAAAGAGUCAAAGACAAAAUGCUUAAGAGCAUUGAUGCCAACAUAGUAGGAUCAUAUUUGGCCGGUCAUCCCCACAUUUUACUGUUCCGAGAGAAAGAUUUAGCCAACUCAUGCAAGAUAGAGUGGUUUACGCUAUCAGAAGAUGGUGUAUAUAUGAACUACAUCAAUGAUUCAUUGAUAUUUACUCCACCUAUCAAUACAAAUAAUUCAACCAUCUGUGUUCAUAUUAUUCCUGAUGAAAAUCAUAGCGAAUAUUCUGAAACAGUCAUAGAAACACCAAUUCCGCUACGAGAAAGUUCUGAAUUGAUCAUUGCUGAAUCUCAAUUGAAACCAAUCGAAGGAUCAAAGAUUGAAAUGGAUACAGAAGGUCAAUGGCAGAUAACUAAUGACCUAGAGCUUGUUGAUCUCGACUAUUCCGAUAAAUAUACUCCACAAAACGAAGAUGUUGGUGAAUAUUUACGAUUUUUCACUUCUGACAACAAAAUUGACAUUGUUUUCGGAUUGGUUUCGAAGAACAAUUUCAAUAUAAAGUCAGUAACACUUGAGACAGAUGGAGGAGAUUAUGUUGGAGCUCUUUGCCAAGUUUUCGUUGAUUUUUAUGAUAAAAAUGACAAUUAUAAAAUAGAAUGGGUCCGAGUUUUAAGAGGGGGUGACACCAAAAUUGCCAAAGAAGGAGGUGAUAACUACGCAAUUUCUCAUGAAGAUAUCGGCUGUAAAAUCAAAGCAAAAGUUAGAACAGAUAAAGGUGAAGUGAAAGAUUCUAACAUAACUCCGAUGAUAAGAAGCGGAUUGUAUAAAUCUCAGAUUUUGCCGGCCAAGCUCCAAGUGAACUCUAAAAUAAAAAUUGAUUCUGAUAAAGGUCGUGUUACCUUCUUGAGAUCACUUGAUGGUUUGUCUUGGGAAGAAAUAGGAAAUACUAAAAAUCUGACAGUUAUUUGGUCGGAUAUUGAUCACUUUAUUAGAAUUAUCGUGAAAACAAAGAAAUUCGUUUAUUAUGAAGAUUCAAAAGAAAAAGUAACACCAAUCAAAAUCAAAAGUGGCAGUUUACUAAAAAUGGAAGAUAUCUUCAGAAAAAGUGACACUAGAACAAUGGUCAGAUGGUAUGAUCAGAACAAUUCGAUUAUUUCUGAACAGAAUUUUUACACCAUUAAAAAUUCUGACAAAAAUCUGACAGCUGUCAAUUAUAAUCCUAAUGAUAAAGAUGAUUACGAAAUUUGCCAAAUUUCCAACAUCAUCUCCCUUGAUUCACCUUUGAGAUUAGAGAUUUUACCAAGUGGAUCUCUUUCAAUUGUUGGAGAACAAAUAACUGACGAAGGCAAAUAUUUCUGGAGAAUUUGGCAAGAUGGUUAUUGUGAUGAUAUCGAUAAUGGUGGCAGCAAAUCAUUAAUAUUGUUGCCAUCAAUGAUAGGAAGUGAAAUUGAAGGUGGCUAUCGAGCAAAUGAUGAUAGUGAUAUCAUUUGGGUUAAAGAGAAAUAUUUAGUUGAAAGAGCUUUACCACAACCAAAUUGUUUCAUGACAGAAGAAGAGAAAUUGAGUGUUGGUUCCCAAUUAUUCGUUUCCACAGAAGAUAAUCCGCAGUAUAAGUACAAAUUCGAAUGGAAGCGAUGGGAUGGAAACCAGUUCAUUCAAAUGGAAGAUGAAACGAAUGUUCACAUCAUAACUGAAGAUGAUUGUAAUUGCUACGUUUGUUGUGAUGUCAGAUUUGUUGAUAAAGAUGGAUUCUUGGGACCUCCGUUUACUGUUAGAACAUCUGAUGUUGUUCCUCCUGAUAGAUAUAUAAUGAUUGAAGGAAGAUCUGUUGUCAGCGCUUUGUUAAAUGCAACAUCAAAUGAUGAUUUUGUCAAAAAUUGUAGAAUUGAAUGGCAAACUUUACAUGAUGGUUUUAAUUGGACAACUGUGUCAACAAGGACAAAAUACAGGCCUACGAGAGAUGAUGUAGGUGCAUUGAUAAGAGUUGUUGGAUAUAUGGAUGAUGAGCAGAGAACUUCUAAUGAAAUUGGACCUGUCGAAGAUGACAAAGAAGAGAUAAAUUCUGCCAUUUCUCAUGCAGUUAAAAAUGGUUUGUUAACUGUAAAGUGCAAAGACCAGAUAGGAAACACAUUUAAUUUGGAUAUCACUAGAAAAGGAUUCUCCGUUAAAUCCAAUAAAAGUAAUAAUGAAACUUAUAACUGGAGACCAAACAACAACAUUUUGCCAACACCUGGUUCAUCAAGGAAAAUUGAUGUAGUAAUGAAUGGAACAACACUGAGUUUACUGCCUUUGGACACUGAUCCUUUGGACUGUGACCUCAAAACUUAUAGAGAAUUCAUUCUUUCUGUUGUAUCCUCACUCAAGGGUCAAUAA